AGCAAAAAAAGGCAAGAAAACGACGUACGUGUACUCUAAAAAAUUUUUUUCUUAUUAAUUAUUUAGAAUUUUUCGGCAUUUAAAUAUAAAAAAUUAUCUUUAACAUUAAUAAAUUUAAGUGCUUGACAAAAAAAAUAUACUAUAUAUUGAUUGUGUUAACUAUAAAACUUUUAGAAAAAGUAGGACAAUUUUUUAAAAAUAAAAAAAAAAAAAUAAAAUAAUUUGAAAAAAUUAAUUUAAAAACAAAAUUAAUAUCUUCUGGGAGACGAUCAGCCAGUGGGCUGUACGUGUUAACAGCAGCAACAUAAUGCAGCUUUUGCUGUCCACCAUAUGUCUGGGCUUAACCAGUGCUGUCAUUGGCAAUGCCUGGUAUCAAAAGAAACAAUUCUAUCCAGCUGUAGUGUAUAUCACUAAAUCCAAUGCCUCCAUGGCGGUGAUUUACAUACAAUUCUUUGCAAUUGUUUUUAUGUUUGGAAAAUUACUGCGCAAGAUCUUUUUGGGUACAUUGCGGGCCGCUGAAUUUGAACAUUUAUUGGAGCGUUUCUGGUAUGCCAUUACAGAAACCUGUUUGGCUUUUACCGUUUUUCGUGAUGAUUUUAAUCCACGUUUUGUGGCCUUGUUUACGGUAUUAUUGUUUCUUAAAUCAUUCCAUUGGCUGGCCGAAGAACGUGUAGAUUUUAUGGAACGUUCUCCCGUUUUAGGCUGGCUUUUCCACAUACGUGUUGCCAGCCUUUUAAUGGUCUUGGGCACUCUCGAUUAUAUGCUGCUAAUGCAUGCCUAUAAUUCAACAUUGGCUCGUGGUCCCACUGUACAAUUGGUAUUUGGUUUCGAGUAUGCUAUACUCCUAACCGUUGUUGCUAGUACCGCCAUUAAAUAUGUUUUACAUGCCGCCGAAAUGCGUACCGAUACGCCGUGGGAAAAUAAAGCCGUCUUUCUGUUGUACACUGAACUUUUUAUCGGAUUUAUCAAAGUCAUUUUGUAUGUACUGUUUGUGGUGAUAAUGGCGAAAUUCUAUGCAUUACCCAUGUUUGUAUUCCGGCCCAUGUUCUUUACGAUAAGAAACUUUAAGAAGGCACUCAGUGAUGUGAUAAUGUCACGACGUGCUAUACGUAAUAUGAAUACUCUGUAUCCGGAUGCUACUCCAGAAGAAUUACGUUUAUCGGAUAAUAUUUGUAUUAUUUGUCGUGAGGAUAUGGUUAAUCAUUCGAAAAAGUUACCCUGUGGUCAUAUAUUCCAUACGAUUUGCUUGAGAUCAUGGUUUCAGAGACAACAGACCUGUCCUACUUGUCGUUUGAAUAUUCUAAGGGCACCAGCGGCGAAUUCUACUGCUUUGCCAAGAGCAGAAGAGAAUAAUGCAAAUGCUGCUAAUGGGGCUGCUGGUGCGGCAGCAGCCGCUGCUGUUAAUGCGGGAGCUACACCUGCAGCAAAUGCUCAAAUGCCCAAUGCAGCUGGUAAUGAAAAUCCAGCUUCACCCACAGGCACUAAUGUGUUUGAACAGUUUGCUGGCUUACCCAACCCCUUACCCAACAUGGCUGGUUCUGGAGGAAAUGGUUUACCCAACUUUGCUGGCCUACCCAUGAUGCCACCACCUUUUAUGAUGCCUCCUCCCUUUCCAUUUAUUGCCCCCUAUGCUGUGCCACCACCACCCAUGCCACCAGAUCUAACCAACUUUAGCGAUGAAGAACUUAAAGCAUUGGAAGGAAAUGAAAGAAAGAAUAUAGAAGAACGUAUAAAGCUUUUGCGCAACAUACAACUGAUGUUAGAUGCAGCUAACAUUUUAAUGAACAACUAUCAAAUAGUGGCUGCUCGUACACAGAGCUUAAAUCCCACUCCUGCUGCUGCAGCUAGAACAACAACUGCAGAAAAUGCAGCAGCUAGUACAGAGAAACCAAGCACUUCGGCAGCAGCUUCAGCAAAAGCCAAUACUAGUGACUUAGCUACGACAGAAGAAUUACCUACAACCUCAGCAGCGGCACAAGCUGCUCCUGCUGCAGCUUCACUAAAGACAUCUUCACCUGAAGCUACUACUAACAUUAAUAAAACGACAACAUCUACUACAGACACCACACCAGUUGCCAAACAUAAUCAAGUGACUAUAGAAGAUCUGGGCGGUGAAGAUCAUAUAGAUGUUCCAAUCUCGGCAACAUCUAAUACAACUACUACUGCUCCCUCUACAUCAUCUAAUGCGACAACAUCCAUAGACAGCACAGCGGAACAUAUGAACGAGUUGCGUAAACGACGUUUAAAAUUCCUUGAAGAACAAAAUAAAAUAACUUCUUCGGAUUAAAAAUGAAAUUGUUAAGGCUCAAUUUUACAAAAUUAUUACUUAACACACGUUUAGCAAACUGAAGUUGGACUGAGAAACGAUUAAUUUUUCUUUCAUAUUAAAUACGAAAAAAAAAAAAACAUUUUCAUUUUGUUUUAAAUACUAUAUUAUAACGUUUUUCUUAAGAUCUAUGUGAAAAAUUUAUUAUUAUUAUUAAAAAACUCUAAUUUUUGCAUUAAAUGAAGUUGUAACAUUUUGUAUUUGUUUAUAUUGAAGAAUAAGCUUCGCACCUUCUUUUUUUAAUAUUCAUUAUUUGUUUAUUUUACUAGCAUUAUUAUUACCUUUUUUAAUGUAACACAAAAUAUUUUAUCUUUCCUUGAAACAGAUUUUUUUUUUCUUUUUUGAGAGCAUUAACCAAGAAACCCUUUAUAAGUAUAUUAUUAAACAAUCUUUUUAAUAACAAAAAAACACACGUAAAAAUCAGAUAAAAAAGAAGAGAGAUACUUUAACAACAAUAUGUAGCUAUAACAUGUAUUGUGUAUAAAUUAAGAAUUAAUAUUGGAUUUAAA